AUGGAUAAAUUGGUCGCCCAAUACACGCGGGCGCCGCACCAGAAUGAGUUCUACUCCGAGCAAGAACAGCGUGAUCUCACCGAGAGCCUUCCACCUCUGUCCUUGAAGUUCAGCCUUCCUCCCGUCGAUAAUUCCAGAGCCUUCCUCCGUGCCAUGACCGAUGACCACUCGAACCCCAGCUGCCCCAUCAAACUUGCCCACGGAACGACGACGCUGGCUUUCCGGUUCCAGGGCGGAAUUAUCGUCGCGACCGAUUCCAGAGCCACGGCUGGAAACUGGAUCGCCAGUCAGACAGUGAAGAAGGUUAUCCCUGUUUCGCGGUUGAGUCGCGGCGAAGAUAAGCCGACGAACGAGCCGACUCCGGGUCUGCUGGGGACCAUGGCUGGUGGUGCUGCUGAUUGUCAAUAUUGGUUGAGAUAUCUGAGCCAGCAAUGCACACUUCACGAAAUCCGACACAAGCGCCGUAUCACCGUCGCCGCGGCCUCGAAAAUCCUCGCCAACCUAACAUACGCGUACAAGGGGAUGGGUCUGAGCAUGGGAACGAUGUUAGCAGGCAUGACCCCGCAAGAAGGCCCCGCCCUCUACUACAUCGACUCCGACGGCACCCGGCUGGCCGGCAACCUCUUCUGCGUCGGCUCCGGCCAGACCUUCGCCUACGGCGUGCUGGACGCCAACUACCGGUACGACCUGACCGAGCAGGAGGCCCUCGAGCUCGGCCGCCGCAGUAUCCUGGCCGCCAUGCACCGCGACGCCUACUCCGGUGGCUUCAUCAACCUGUACCACGUCAAGGAGGAAGGCUGGGUCCACCACGGCUUCAACGAUAUGAACCCCAUAUUCUGGAAGACGAAGCUGGAGAAGGGCGAGUUCUCGAACGUCACGUCGGAGUUGUAGCUCGGUCUAUAGAACAGGAUGGGUCGGUGGCUGGCUACCUAGUAGAUAGAUUCUAGGCUCUCUAGGCAGGUUUACCAAACCCCCCGCGCUCUUGAGUGGUAGUUUUUUUCCGGUCUUUCGUAUGGGGUGUGGAUAACUUUAUGAAAUGAUCAAACUUUGAUACUUCUGUC